AUGGCUCUCCUCCCACCGAUUCCGCUUUAUCGUCGUCUGCUACGUGCCCAUAGGAAGAAGCUUCCGACUGACCUGAGAUUCCUGGGAGAUUCUUACGUCAAGAGUGAAUUCCGGGCUCACCGGAGCGUGGAGAACCCCAUUCACAUUAUCGGAUUUUUGACGGAAUGGCAACUUUAUGCGCAGCAGCUCGAGGGCGAUUCCUGGACAGAUGGCAAGCUGGAUAAGGCGAAGAUUGACAAAAUGAGUGAUCAGCAAAUUGGUCAAUUAUACGAACUUAUGCAGGCAAUAAAGCAGGACGGUGGGGAGGGUGGUAAAGAAGACUCAUGA